GCUAUGCUGCCCCAUCCCCCCCUUCACCCCUUCCCUCCAUCAUCCGAGCUCUCUUCUCCCUACGCACGGAACAGAUACUCCAGACGAACGCGCCCAACCAGGGGCGGCGGCGGGAUAUGUCGUAUUGGGUUUUGUUUUUUUUUGCGGAUGAAGAUGGAAAGGUGACGACGGGGGAUGGGGGAUCAUCGCCCGCCUACUUUGGUCUAACGAGUGAGUGGCCCAUGGGUACAGACUCGGCGGGGCGCUACUCCAGCAAGGGAGAACCACCACAGAACAACCCGCCUUUGUACAGGUACAGACGCCUGCGAGGAGCUUGACAUGCGGUGACUAGUCGUUGCUACACCCGAUAUCCAUGUCACCUCCAUCGACCAUCAUGCGCGACCUCGACCUGUUCGCAUACAUCUGAAUCCUCCUGCUCCACCCACCUCUGCACUCUGCACUUCUGCGAACUUGCGCACAAUACCAAACACCCUCGUUCUCAACUCCAUCAUGCCACCAGCCUAAGGAUACCUGAUCUGGCCCAAAUCUUCCGUCCGCGUGCAUUGCUGCCUGGAGUAGUCCAUCUAACUGUCCGUAUUCCCUUGUUUUCGAGGCACCCGGGCAUCUGCCCAGAAGAACAUCAUCCAUCUGUGUACUGCGCCGUCGCCACCUCCUCUCUGUUGAUCAAGCUGCCCAUCAGACACUUUGCACCUUUUUCGUCAUUUGUACAUGUUGCAGCCAGUACUGCUUGGGUGGCUAACAACACAAACAAGUGUCGG